AUUUGAUCAAGAAUUUAUAGAAGAAACUACAUUAAUGACUAGUAGUCAAACAUUCUACGAAUUAAUCCCUGCUGAGGAUUGGGAUAAGCCAUCUUUCAUUGAUGAUGAGAAAUUUGAAGCAUCAAUUUCUAGAUCAAUUUUAGAUGGAGUUAUUUAUGGUGGAGCCAAAUCAUACAGAAAUAUGUGUCAUUUUAAUUCCGGUUAUUUUUAUCGUCAAAAGAGAUUAUUAAAUUAUGAUUGGUACUUUCGAGUCGAACCUGAUGUAGAGUAUAUGUGUGAUUUCCAAUAUGAUCCAUUUGAACUUUUAAGAAUUAAUAAUAAAAUAUAUGGAUUUGUAAUUGCCAUUCCAGAAUAUGAAAAUACAAUUCCAACAUUAUGGCAAACUGUAGAACAAUUCAUGGAAGAAAAUCCUGAAUUAAUUCAUGCUAAUAAUUCAUUAGAUUUUAUUACAAGCAAUGACACAUCCUUAAAUCAUUGGCAACCAUUAGUACCAUCAUCUUCAAAAUAUAAUUUAUGUCAUUUUUGGUCUAACUUUGAAAUAGGUAAUUUAAAUUUUUUCAGAAGUGAAGCUUAUGGUAAGUAUUUUGAUUUCUUAGAUAAAUCAGGGGGAUUUUAUUAUGAAAGAUGGGGUGAUGCUCCAGUACAUUCAAUUGGAUUGAAUAUAUUAGCUGAUAAGAAUCUGAUCCAUCAUUUCGAAGAUAUUGGAUAUUAUCAUGCACCAUAUUUAGCAUGUCCAACAUCAAGAGAUGUAAUAGCUUCAAAGAGAUGUGUAUGUAAGGCUUAUGGAUAUGAUGGUGAUAAAAUUACCAAGCCUGUAGAUGUUAAUAUUCACAGUUGUUUAAGUCGAUGGUGGAAAUAUGGAGCUGGUAAAUCAUUUCUUAAUGAUAUAGAUUAUAAUAAUUCAAUAUAGUAACAAUAAUAAUAGUAAUAAUAUACUAUAUGGCUAUAGGACAUCCAUGACGCAAUACAUUUUUAGAUGCAUACUAAUUUUUCAGUAGGCAUCGCAAUUUUUUUUUCAGU